AUGCUCCGAGGCCGAUCGCUAUCUGUGACAUCCCUGGGUGGGCUUCCUCGGUGGGAAGCCAGACUCCCUGUGGAGGAUUUACUUCUCUUUGAAGUCGCUUGGGAAGUGACCAAUAAAGUUGGUGGCAUCUACACUGUGAUUCAGACAAAGGCCAGAGCAACAGCAGAUGAGUGGGGAGACAAUUACUUUCUGCUUGGUCCAUAUUUUGAGCAUAAUAUGAAGACUCAGGUGGAACAAUGUGAACCUGUAAAUGAUGCUGUAAGAAGAGCAGUGGACGCGAUGAACAAACAUGGCUGCCGGGUGUACUUUGGAAGAUGGCUGAUAGAAGGGAGUCCUUACGUGGUGCUCUUUGACAUAGGCUAUUCGGCUUGGAACCUGGACACGUGGAAAGGUGACCUCUGGGAAGCAUGCAAUGUUGGUAUCCCUUAUCACGACCAGGAAGCCAAUGAAAUGCUGAUAUUUGGAUCGUUAACUGCCUGGUUCUUGAAAGAGGUGACAGAUCAUGCCGAUGGGAAACACGUCAUUGUCCAAUUCCAUGAAUGGCAGGCUGGGACUGGACUGAUUCUUUCUCGAGCUCGGAAACUUCCGAUCGCUACAGUCUUUACCACUCACGCCACACUGCUUGGGAGGUAUCUCUGUGCAGCAAACAUCGAUUUCUACAACCAUCUUGAUAAGUUUAACCUAGACAAAGAGGCUGGGGAAAGGCAGAUUUAUCACCGGUAUUGCAUGGAGCGUGCCUCAGUCCAUUGUGCUCAUGUAUUCACCACUGUUUCUGAAAUAACAGCAAUAGAGGCAGAACACAUGCUGAAGAGAAAGCCUGAUGUAAUUACUCCAAAUGGCUUGAAUGUUAAGAAAUUUUCAGCAGUACAUGAGUUUCAAAAUCUCCAUGCCAUGUACAAGGCCAGGAUCCAAGAUUUUGUUCGAGGUCAUUUCUAUGGUCAUCUGGACUUUGAUCUUGAAAAGACGUUGUUCCUCUUCAUUGCUGGGAGGUAUGAGUUUUCAAACAAAGGAGCUGACAUCUUCCUAGAAUCCUUAUCCAGGCUAAAUUUCCUGCUGAGGAUGCAUAAAAGUGACGUCACCGUGGUGGUGUUUUUCAUUAUGCCUGCCAAGACAAAUAAUUUCAACGUGGAAACCCUGAAAGGCCAGGCAGUGCGAAAACAGCUAUGGGACACUGCACAUUCUGUGAAGGAAAAGUUUGGGAAGAAACUGUAUGAUGCAUUAUUAAGAGGAGAAAUUCCUGACAUGAACAAUAUUUUGGAUCGAGACGAUCUGACAGUUAUGAAAAGAGCCAUCUUUUCAACUCAGCGGCGAUCUUUGCCCCCGGUGACGACUCACAACAUGAUUGAUGACUCCACAGAUCCCAUCCUCAGCACCAUUAGAAGGAUCGGGCUUUUCAACAGCCGUACAGACAGAGUCAAGGUGAUUUUGCACCCAGAGUUCCUAUCCUCUACCAGCCCCUUGUUACCCAUGGAUUAUGAAGAGUUUGUCCGAGGUUGUCAUCUUGGAGUAUUUCCAUCAUACUAUGAACCCUGGGGUUAUACUCCAGCCGAAUGCACCGUGAUGGGUAUCCCCAGCGUGACCACCAACCUCUCCGGCUUUGGCUGUUUCAUGCAGGAGCAUGUGGCUGAUCCCACUGCAUACGGUAUUUACAUCGUUGACAGGCGAUUUCGCUCACUGGAUGAUUCUUGCAAUCAGCUGACUCAGUUUCUCUAUGGAUUUUGCAAACAGUCACGCCGCCAGAGGAUUAUUCAGAGGAACCGAACCGAGAGGCUUUCAGACCUUCUGGAUUGGAGAUACUUAGGCAGAUAUUACCAGCAUGCCAGGCACCUGACAUUAAGCAGAGCUUUUCCAGAUAAAUUCCACACGGAAACCACAUCGCCACCAAUGACAGAAGGGUUUAAAUAUCCCAGGCCUUCCUCAGUACCACCUUCUCCUUCGGGAUCUCAGGUCUCUAGUCCUCAGACCAGCGAUGUGGAGGAUGAGAAUGAGGAAGAAAGAUACGAUGAAGAAGAGGAGGCUGAAAGGGAUCGGUUAAAUAUCAAGUCACCAUUGUCUCUGAAUCAUGUUCCUCGCGGGAAGAAGAAGCUGCACGGCGAAUACAAGAACUGAAUUCCACUCUGGUCGAACAGGCUAAUUUAGUGAGAACAUAGAAAGAAUGAUUACUGAAAGAAAUGAAAA